UUUCCAAUUGAAUAUAUCGACUUGAAUAAUAUAGUUAGUCUUGUAGUAGUAGCAGUAGUUCCCUUCUCUUCGUUUAAAUUAUCUGUUCUAAUCUAACCUUAAAUCUUCAAUAUCUGCGUCAAGGAAGGCUAAUGUUUUUGUUAUUUUUAUUGGUUUGAAAAUGUGAUUGAUUUGAAGACAAAAUAUUAUGAUUUAAUUAGACGGAUUUACACGUUUGCUUCGGAUGCUUUCACUAAAUAGACAUUUUUAUAGCAGGCAACGUGUAAGCAAGAGAGACCAAGAAGCUAAUGAAUAGCAAAAAACACAUAUUGUUAUUUAUGAAUUUUAAAUUGCUACUCGUAUUAUUCUCAAGUUCUAGGACUUUAAUGGCUGAACCGGAGGUCUUUAUGAUAUCAACUCAUUUCAAAUGUAGGGGUGGGACAUACCCUCGAUCAAAUAUACAAAGAUUUUUAGUUCCCGAUGACAAAAUUAGCUGGUCAACUCAAUAUAAUGACUACAAGCCCCCAAAUUAUACUGAACCUGCCCUCAAUGGAAAGCCCUGGGCAGAUCCCGAUUUAGGUGACAGUACCUUUAAACCAAAAUGGAAUAAUAUUGAUGGCAAAAUAAGUAGAAAAAGUUACAUGGGUGACUACCACAUUGUUAAUGGGUAUCCAUUGAAUCCGAUUGGGCGAACUGGACUUUGUGGGCGUGGAAUUCUGGGUCGUUGGGGACCAAACCAUGCAGCAGAUCCUGUGGUCACAAGAUGGAAGAGAUUGAAUUCUGGAGAAAUUGUGCUUGAUAAUACUAAUAAGCCAAUCCUUCAAUUUGUAGCUAUCAAACGUGGUGACACAGGAGAGUGGGCUUUGCCCGGAGGCAUGGUGGACCCUGGGGAGAAGGUUACCACCACAGCUGUCAGAGAAUUUCAGGAAGAGGCCAUUAAUGCCUUAGUCAUGUCUAAAGAGGAAAGAGAAGAAUGGACAAAUAAGUUUGAGAAGUUCUUUAGUGAAGGUGAAGUGGUGUAUGAGGGUUAUGUGGAUGAUCGGCGCAAUACAGACAAUGCAUGGAUGGAGACCAUAGCUUAUAAUUUCCAUGAUGAAAAAGGCUCCAUUGUUGGAGCUCUUAAUCUGCAUGCUGGUGAUGAUGCAGUAGGGGUGAGAUGGGUAGAUGCCACCCCAGACAUGAGUUUAUAUGCCAGCCAUGACUCCAUAUUGAAGGAAGUUGUAAAACGCCAUCUGGGUAUUGGAAAGAGUUAAAAUUAGGUUUUUAUUGUUAUGCAAACUUGCUUGUGAUAUAAUGAAUAAGUAUAAAAUUUAGCAUUUCUAAAUAUAUUACAAAUUAGUUUGAAACAAACUGAAAAAGUAGUCUCUUUUAAUUGUAAGUGAAGUUUUAAUUUUGUUUUGUAUUAGAACACAUCGGAUAAAUUAAAAACAUGUAUUUA